UACAAGAUGGCGGACGAAGUGCUCGAUUUGGAAGUGGCGAGAAAUAAGAUGAAAGAAUGGCGAGAUGAACCGCCAAGGAAUAGCGAGGAAGUUAUUGAGCUAGGGGAAUCGCUCAUUGUUGAGCACGGGAGCAAGCUUGGCGAUGAAUUGUGGAGUGUUUAUGAACAGGUUUUGAUUGCUGCUCUGGAUUUGGGAAAAACUGAUCUGGCAAGUAUGUGUCUGAAAGCUUUGAGUUCCCAGUUUCCUGGUAGCCUGAGAGUAAAACGAUUAAUUGCAAUGAAGCACGAAGCACUCAAUCAAUUUGAUAAAGCAACCGAGAUGUAUGAUGAUAUGAUUGCAAAAGAACCUGCCAACUCAGCACCAUAUAAGAGAAAGAUUAGUAUUUUAGUUGGACAAAACAAGAUUUCUGAAGCUGUGAAAGCUCUGAACGAUUACCUCAAAAGGUUUAUGAGUGAUCAUGAAGCUUGGGGUGAAUUGACAGAUUUAUAUAUCUCCCAACAAGAAUUCUCAAAAGCUGCGUUUUGUAUGGAAGAGCUGAUCAUAUCCAACCCUCACAAUCACCUGUUCUAUCAAAAAUAUGCGGAGAUUCUAUACACGAUGCGAGGUGUCGAAAACCUCGAGAAAUCCCGGAGUUAUUUUUCCCAGGCUUUACGCUUGGAUAACAACAAUAUGCGAGCUUUGUACGGCUUUUUCAUGGCGGCAUCAAGCUUGGCUAACAUGCCCAAAGCCAAAAAUAAGAAAGAGAAUGCGAAAUAUGCCUCGUGGGCUGCGAGUCAAAUUAUGGAAAAAUAUCAGACAGCUAACAAAGAUGGCGACUACGAUUGUGGCAAAUUGUCGAGCAUCGAAAAUCUCUUGGAUUCACUACAGCUAACAGCACCCAGCGACGUCCCUCAUUGACAUCCUCUCGUGUACCCGUGAUACCCUUGGUGUACUCCAUUGUAGCCUGGGACACUCCUUGUUCAAAAUAACCCCCCGCAAAAGAUCACUUAAAGCUCAUUUUUCAUCAUGAAAACAAGACCAUGACAUUAUUACCUGGAUAUGCGACUCUUCGAAUUAAAAUACAUCGGAAAUGUAUUUGUAAUUAUUGCCAAACUAAACAUUAUUGGAAAUAAA